AUGUUGGUGGAAGACUUCUGUCGUGGAUGUGGGGGCAAGUCCCCUGCACGUUGCGAGAAGGACCUGGCAGCUCGGGCGCGCGAAGAAAAGCGCUUGAGGCUGGAAGAAGUGGCACGACAGGAGCGCGCCCAGUGUGGGCAACUGACGGCGGCUGACUUGAAAUUCGCUCACCUUGAAGGUCGAAAGAUGAUGCCUGAACUCAGGGGCUACGAGGCCCGGGUCGGGAUCAACUGGAUCAUCUUUUUUUUUUUGGGAGAAUUAUGUAUGGCUCUUUUUGGGUAUAUACUGUAUAUAGAGUAUACAUGUAUUAUGUAUAUAGAUUUAUCAACCGAAUGGGAUUCGACCAACGGAAAUUUCAGGCUCAAAAAGCAACAGAUUCCCUGGUUGUUUUUGGUAUCAACCAUCCAAUUUUCUUGGCGCCCAUUUUGA